AUGGAAAAUAAUGAUUCAUCUUUUAUAGAAUCAACUCAAAUUUGGACUGUUAAAGAUUUUGAAAUACCAGAUGAUUUAAAAGAAGGUUUUUUAUUACCUUUUAGACAAGAUGAAUUGGAUUUUCAAAAAUCACAAGAAUUUUUACAAUAUUUAUCAGAACCAGUAAAAGAAAACACUAAAAUUACUACUAAAAUUACUUCUAAAAAGACAAUAACAACAACAACAAUUAGGAAUAGUAAUGUUGCAGAUGAGGACAUUGUAUCAUCAACAGAUGAAGAGGAAGAAUUUGGUUAUACUUCUGAUUUGGAAGAGGAAUUAAUAACAAGUUCGAUGAGUGAAAUUGAAGAUAGUGAUGAUAGUACCAUUUAA